GGUGUAGAUGACUACUGUAUAUGCUUGCAAUAUCCAAAUACGGCUCCACCUUAUUUGUUUGUUUGUUUGUUAAUUAAUACCACAACACAACAAGCAAUCAAUCAAUUUCUCAUGGAAUACUACUUACCCUAUUGAAACCACCACCACCACCAGAAUGGGAACGAAAAGUAGAGGAGAGGUAAAGCAGGUCCUGUUUAAAUCGAAACCCUAGCUUAAGAAUAUUAGGAGAGAGGAAUACGUGAGUGAGUAGGUGGUGUAUAUCGGGCAGAGGAAGCUGUGAAAGGUCGAGUAGGAAAACAACAAGGGGGGAGUCUUCUUGGUUGAGUAGUCGGCAGGCCAUCUGGAGAAGCAAAACGGGAGGAAAAGUGGCCUGGUGAACUCGGACGGGCUUCCAUUCGGCGUCCAGUCCGAUGAUGGAGGAAUGACUUACUGCCCAUUUUAACCGACCGAACUCGGGAGAAUCGGUGGAGGACACCAGGUGGAUAUCACAGCCGCUGGCUUCCAUGUCUUCUACACUUUUCCUUCCGGCUCCCUGUCUGUCUUGUCACCUCCCCAUAUAUCACCAAAACCUUUUUAUUUUAAUUAAAAAUUAUAAAUUAACUAAUUAAGUACGUGACGUGGCGUGACGUGAGGAAAGAUAAGAAGGUCUGUGACACGUGUGGAGUUGGUUACUUGUUGAUGAGGCAUACAUACAUACAUAGAGAGAUUGGAUUGGAUUGGAAAAUCAAUCUAUCUGAAUUCUUUCUGAAAGAUGGAGAACCUGCCUGCCGAUCUCUGUAUCAAAGUUUUCUCUUUCUUGGAUCUUCAUCAGGAUCUAGUCGCGGCUCAACAAGUUUGCAGGAAGUGGAAGCUGGUGGCUUCAGAAAAUGAUCUCUGGUCUAACCUAUUUAAACAGCGAUGGGGAAUAGACCGAGCCGUAUUUUAUGCACCUGUUGAUUCUUCUAAAUCAUGGAAAGAUGUAUAUGCAGUUCAGGAUCGAUGUGACCGUGUUGGACUGGGCCUCAAGAUUAUACGGGAGGGAGAUGACUAUUUCCUGAUCCACCAGGGACAAAUUCAAAAGCAUUUGGGCUCAAGAAGUCUGCAACCAGACCAUGCAGCAGCAGCAGGCUACACCCGAGAUGAGAUCAUGGGUAGAAAUGAGCGUCAGAUGGGGAUUCUUGAUAGAAUCUUGUUCUUCAUUGGAGACCUAGAAACUGCUUCAGCACCUGCAAAGCGAGGCCGCCAUCUCCUCUAGUUGCUGUUUAUUGUAUAUCUGUCUGUCUGUAUUCUUAUUGUCUGUAAUGUAAUUUAUUAUUGGAACAUCAUAAAAUUUAUUGUAUUGCUGUUAAAUGUUUAUUAUGCAUUGUUCCUUCUUUAGUCA